AUGAUUCUGAAGGAUCCUCACUCAACACGGGUUAAACACCUUCGUAUCAUUAUUGUCGGCGCAGGCAUCGGAGGACUUCUCGCUGCAAUCGUGCUGGCUCAGGACGGGCACGAUGUCACAGUCCUCGAGCAAGCUGCAGAGUUCGGCGAGGUCGGUGCUGGGCUUCGCAUUCCUCCAAACAGCUUCAAGCUCCUGCACAGAUGGGGCAUCGACUUGACGUAUAUGAAGAAGACAUAUUCCAACGGCAACCGAUUUCUCCGCUGGAAGGACGGCCAGAUUCUACAACACAUGUCGCACGGCAUUCCAGAAUGGGACUUUGGCGGCAGCUACCUUAUGGUCCACCGUGCCGAUUACCAUGCUGUGCUGUUGCAGAAGGCGCUCGAGUUGCAGGUCGAUGUGCGAAAAGACAGCAGGGUGGACGAGUAUCUCUGGGACUUACCGGCGGUCAAGCUUCAUACAGGUGAACAAAUCGACGGCGACCUUCUUAUUGCAGCGGAUGGAGUUCAAAGCCAGGCCCGGGCGCACUUCCAGGGACACGAACUUCCCCCAAUUGACACAGGAGACAUCUCGUAUCGCAUCCUGAUCCCGGGACAAGAUAUAUUGAAAGACCCCGAGUUGCGUGAUCUUGUCUCACAGCCAUGGGUGUCAUCUUGGUGCGGGCCUGACGCCCAUGUCAUCGGGUACCCAGUCCGCGGAGGCGAAGUUUACAAUGUUGUCUUGUGCUGCGCGGCCAAGUCGAUGCGAGAUGAAGCCUUCAAAGACGGCGAGACCCGCCUUGUUAUCGGCGACAAUGCCGAGCUUGUCAGGCGCUUUGCAGACUGGACACCCCAGGUGCGGAAGAUUGUCGACCAUGCAGAAAAGAACUUUUUGAAAUGGCGCCUCUUCGACCUUGACCUGGUCGACAGAUGGGUCCAUCCUUCGGGCAAGGCUGUACUGCUGGGCGACAGCGUCCACCCUAUGCUCCCAUACAUGGCUUCAGGUGCGGCCAUGGCUUGUGAGGACGCCGCAGUCCUCCGCCAGGUCCUUCGAUCGACCUCAGACCGAGCGUCACUGAAGAGUACGCUCCAGAGAUAUCAGGAAUUACGGCAACCUAGAGUAUCAUUCCUGCAGAAGGCUGGACGGAGACUGCAGUACGAAUACCAUCACCCUGAUGGGCCUCUACAAGGAAGCCGCGAUGAGCUCAUGCUCAAGGACGACAUUGAGAAUCCCAUCUACUGGGGCCAUGAACAGAGGAGGUUGUGGUUGUUUGGCUUUGACGCCGAAGCGGACGCUGCUGAUAAACUCGGUCUACCUCACGACUGGGUCUCGCCGUCCUCACCGAACAAGGCGAAGAUUGCCACGGACUCGGUGCAACAGUAUUGCACAUCUACAGGAUCAUGGUAG